GUACAAAGCCAUGGCGCUGCACGAGGUGGUUACCCCCAUUUUCGUCCCUUUCUUGUUAACAUAUUUACUGUUCUACCUCCGAGGAUUAUGGUGAUUGACAUGGAAGCGAUAAAUCCAAGGUUACUUUCUUCUCAUCUCCAUUCACAAGAACUCGGCCUCAAAGCAUCCAGGAGAAGGUGUGGAACAAGAUGACGACGAUGGGGAAGACGAUGGAAUCUUGGUGCCCAAACAAAUUCAAGCUCAAUCUCAACAACAUACCUCCUCUUGAUCCAUCUUCAAUCAAAAGUUCCCCCAUCCUGUUCAGACAGGAGAAGCCCAGAAAUAGAAAGUUCUCUGAUGUUGUGACGGCCGGCAGGCAAGAAGCUCUGGGUAGUGGGGCAAAUUUAGAAGACAUAGUUAAGUUUGGAAGACAAAGUGUUCGUGUUUUUUCCGCAGAGAAAGUACACCCGGAGCCCGGUGAAGAUGGGACUGAAUUCAGAAUUCAAGAUACUUUGUCGGCGAAACUUCUGUUGCAUGAAGUCUGUGUUGCAAAGAGAUGGAAUUCCCCGGUGUAUCAGUGCUGCAAAGAGGAAGGGCCUAUUCACUUGACUCUGUUCAUAUUCAAGGUUGUGAUUGAAAUUAGAGAAUCAUCAACAAUUUUGGAGUGCUAUGGUGCUCCACACUCCAGAAAGAAAGCAGCAGCAGAGCAUGCAGCAGCAGGAGCAUUAUGGUACUUGCAGAAUCUUGGCCAUUUUCCAUUAAAAAAGCAAAAAAAGAGAAACAGCAAGUAACAAGGCAGUAUUUAUAUAUAUAUACAUGUAUAUAUUUAUUAUUCUUAUUGUAAAAGAAAAGUACUCUACAUAUACCAUUCAUGUGAAAAUAUGCCUUUCCCCGGUAAUUCUUCAUAUUUGGCAUUAACCUUUUUCAUAAACGGUUUGAUGUGGUGCAAAAA